AUGAGACUGUUCUUCAAGCUCUUCGCCGUCUUGGCCAUCAUGGCUGCUCUGUCGGCCACAAAUGUGCCGUCGCCGCUUGGUGUAUGGGGGAGGACGCCGGGGAGAGCCCCACCUUCGCCGAAGUCGUCCCCGCGUAGGAGUUCCGCGAGGCCGACUCGUCCCCGGCCACCGCCUCCGCCACCGGCGCAGAAGGGCAGAGUGAGGCCACUGCGUUCACCGCCCCCGCCUCCACCACCACCAUAUCGCCAACGAGGCGUCCACCCUACGCAGUCUCCUGCACCGCCGCUACUGUGCCACUAG